AUGGCUCGCUUUGAAGACGAACUGUCCAGCCGCUAUGGUGGCGCCUGUCCCGCGGGCCCUACCAGAGGGGCCAGCCGGCAGCCGGGGGGGCCUCCGGGUGGCCAAAGGAUGUACAAGCAGACAAUGGCCCAGAGAGCCAGGACCAUGGCCAUUUACAACCCAAUUCCAGUCAAACAGAACUGCCUCACCGUCAACCGCUCUUUGUUUAUCUUCAGCGAGGAUAAUAUCAUACGGAAAUACGCCAAAAAGAUCACCGAAUGGCCUCCAUUUGAGUACAUGAUCCUGGCUACUAUCAUAGCAAACUGCAUUGUGCUGGCCUUGGAACAACACUUACCAGCCUUAGACAAAACCCCGAUGUCAGAGCGUUUGGACAGCACAGAGCCGUACUUUAUUGGAAUAUUUUGCUUUGAGGCUGGCAUUAAGAUCAUUGCCCUGGGCUUUGCCUUCCACAAAGGCUCCUACCUGCGUAAUGGCUGGAAUGUAAUGGACUUUGUGGUGGUCCUAACAGGGAUCCUGGCCACUGUGGGGGCUGACUUUGAUCUGAGAACACUGAGGGCGGUGAGAGUGCUGCGGCCACUCAAACUCGUCUCCGGCAUUCCAAGUCUUCAAGUGGUAUUAAAGUCUAUCAUGAAAGCCAUGGUACCGCUGCUGCAGAUUGGCCUGUUGCUCUUUUUUGCCAUCCUCAUGUUUGCCAUCAUUGGACUUGACUUCUACAUGGGCAAGUUUCAUCGCACCUGCUUCAGGAAUAACACAAGUGAACAGACAGCAGAAUUCCCCUGUGGCUAUGAGGCUCCAGCGAGGAUCUGUGUCAAAGACACUGUCUGCAGGGAGUACUGGAUUGGACCCAACUUUGGCAUUACCAAUUUUGACAACAUCCUCUUCGCUGUUCUCACUGUUUUCCAGUGUAUCACAAUGGAAGGAUGGGUGGACAUCCUCUAUAAUGCCAAUGAUGCCUCGGGAAACAUGUGGAACUGGUUGUAUUUCAUCCCCCUCAUCAUCAUCGGUUCUUUCUUCAUGCUCAACCUGGUGCUAGGUGUGCUGUCAGGGGAGUUUGCAAAGGAGAGAGAGCGUGUGGAGAAGAGACAAGAAUUCUUGAAGCUUCGGCGACAACAGCAAAUAGAGAGAGAGUUAACUGGAUACCUGGAGUGGAUCUGCAAAGCAGAGGAGGUGAUGCUGGCUGAGGAAGAUAAGAAUGCAGAGGAGAAAUCUUUGGAUGGCGCAUGGUACAAACGAAAGCACAACAACUCUGUGCUGAAACGGACCAGGAAGUGUAAGAAUGACCUCAUCAAUGCAGAGGAAGGGGAGGACCAUUUUACUGACAUCUCAUCUGUUGUUCCAACUGCCCCCCCAGGGUCACCAUUCGCUCGUGUCAGUGUGAAGAGCAAGAAUGAGAGUCUGUCUUACUUCAGGAGGAAAGAGAAGAGGAUUCGCUUUACCAUCCGGCGUCUGGUCAAAUCCCAGAGUUUUUACUGGACUGUGUUAUGUCUGGUUGGCCUAAACACACUGUGUGUGGCUAUAGUACACUAUGACCAGCCUGAAUGGCUUACCUAUGCACUAUACCUCGCUGAGUUUGUAUUCUUGGGCCUGUUCCUCGUGGAGAUGUCUAUGAAAAUGUAUGGCCUUGGACCCCAGAACUACUUUCACUCCUCAUUCAAUUGUUUUGACUUUGGGGUGAUCAUUGGCAGCAUUUUUGAGGUGGUCUGGGCUGCCAUGAAGCCUGGGGCCUCAUUUGGAAUCAGUGUCCUGCGAGCACUGAGACUGCUCCGGAUCUUCAAAGUCACUAAGUACUGGAACUCUCUGAGGAACCUGGUGGUAUCCUUGCUCAACUCCAUGAAGUCCAUCAUCAGCCUGCUGUUCUUACUCUUCCUCUUUAUUGUGGUCUUUGCUCUGCUGGGCAUGCAGCUCUUUGGUGGCCAGUUUAAUUUUGAUGAGGAAACACCGACAACCAACUUUGACACAUUCCCAGCAGCUAUUCUCACCGUCUUCCAGAUCCUAACCGGGGAGGACUGGAAUGCAGUCAUGUAUCAUGGGAUUGAAUCCCAGGGGGGCGUGCAUGGGGGAAUGUUUUCCUCCAUUUAUUUCAUUGUACUCACGCUCUUUGGAAAUUACACACUCCUCAACGUGUUCUUGGCCAUUGCUGUUGAUAAUCUUGCAAAUGCCCAGGAGCUCACUAAGGAUGAAGAAGAGCAAGAGGAGGCUAUCAAUAAGAAACUUGCACUCCAGAAGGCCAAGGAGGUAAAGGAGGUCAGCCCCAUGUCAGCCGCUAACAUUUCCAUCACAGCGAGUUAUGUCUGCACCCCAGUCCAUCACUACCUGAGUAAGGAGCAGCAGAAGUCAGUGAAGACAAUGUCAGUGUGGGAACAAAGGGCCAGCCAGCUGAGAAAACAGAACCGGGCAAGCUGUGAGGCACUGUACAGUGAGCUGAAGUCAGAGGAACGCCUGCGCAUAUCUUCGGCCCUCCACAUCCGCCCUGACAUGAAGACUCACCUUGACCGACCGCUGGUUGUUGAGCCCCACAAUGGCAGUGACCGGCACCAACACCAUAAGACCUGCUUGCCAGAGGAGGUUGACACUGUCACUGACCCACCCUCUGUGCCUCACAAGCCCUGUCGUCACCACUACCACCAAGACAGAGAGCGGGGCAGAGCAAAAGAGGAAACCAAUGAUAAUGGUGAAGCCAGUAAAGACGGGAGGCACCAUGUCCAUCACAGCCGCUCUAAAGACCACAACAGCAGCCGUGGAAAACAGGGGAAGAGUGAGAGGUCCCGCAGCAGGGAGGGAGGAAGGAAGCACCACAAUCAGAGCUCAGUGGAUGAUGGUGGAGGUGGGGGGAACACAGGUGAGAGAGAGCACCGCCAUCAUCAUUCACACCGGCAGUCCCGAGGUGGCAAUGGGACAGUAAGCAGUGGAGGGAGGGGAGAACGAAGAUCUCGCCACAAAGAUGGACGGUCAUCUUAUAGGGACGGGGACAGGAAUUCCAGAGGAGAGAGUGGUGCCAACAGAGAGAGGAAGAGGCAUCGCACUCAUGGAUCCAGGGGACAGUCCAUGGUAGAAGGAGAGGAGUCCAAUGACAGAGAGAAAACCCACAGCCACAGGUUUGGGGGUUCAGAGGGUGAGUCCUUGGCUGUCUCCCCCCAGCAGGGCUCUGGGGGUACUAGUUGGCCUCCUGACCAUAUAGAAGACUCAGAUAACCAGAGGAAUGUCAGACGAACUGGACAAACCUCCAUCCAGAUUCCUCCUGUGACUAUCACCUCCCCACCUGGAGAGAGCACCUUCAUGCAAAUGAACAGUAUUGAUUGCGAAACAAUGCCCAUGAACGAGAAGACCCUGGAGGAUCUAGUUCCAAGUGGGCCCAAACCUAUCCUGCCUUACAGUUCAAUGUUCAUCUUUGGACAGACCAAUCCUGUGAGGCGGUUAUGUCACUACAUUGUGAGUCUGCGUUAUUUUGAGAUGUCCAUCCUGGUUGUCAUUGCUAUGAGCAGUAUUGCUCUGGCAGCAGAAGAUCCUGUCUACACUAAUGCACCUCGCAACAAUGUGCUCAAAUAUCUGGACUAUGCCUUCACUGGUGUUUUCACUUUUGAAAUGGUGAUCAAGAUGGUGGACCUAGGACUGUUGCUUCAUCCUGGAUCCUACUUCAGAGACCUGUGGAACAUUCUGGACUUCAUAGUGGUCAGUGGGGCGCUGGUGGCAUUUGCAUUUUCGAGCUUCAUGGGAUUGCAACAAGGUGUGACCAGGGGGACCAAAGGCAAGGACAUCAGCACUAUCAAGUCACUGAGGGUUCUUCGAGUUCUCAGGCCUCUCAAGACCAUCAAACGCCUGCCAAAACUCAAGGCGGUGUUCGACUGUGUGGUGAACUCUCUGAAGAAUGUGCUGAACAUCCUUAUUGUUUACAUCCUCUUCAUGUUCAUCUUUGCCGUCAUUGCAGUUCAGCUCUUCAAGGGGAAAUUCUUUUAUUGCACUGAUGAAUCCAAGGGCCUGGAGAAAGACUGCAAAGGACAGUUUCUAGACUACGACAAAAAUGAGGUGGCUGCCAUGCCCAGAGAGUGGAAAAAAUACGAGUUCCAUUAUGAUAAUGUGCUAUGGGCUUUUCUGACCCUCUUCACUGUCUCAACUGGGGAGGGCUGGCCAACUGUUUUAAAGCACUCCGUGGAUGCCACCUUUGAAGACCAGGGUCCCAGUCCAGGCUACCGGAUAGAAAUGUCAAUCUUCUACGUAGUCUACUUUGUAGUUUUCCCUUUCUUCUUUGUCAACAUCUUCGUCGCUCUGAUCAUCAUCACCUUUCAGGAACAGGGAGACAAGGCCUUGUCUGAGUGCAGCUUGGAAAAAAAUGAGAGGGCUUGCAUUGACUUUGCCAUAAAUGCCAAACCGCUGACACGUUACAUGCCUGAGAACACACAGUCCUUCCAGUACAGGAUGUGGAAGUUUGUGGUGUCAGCUCCGUUUGAGUACUCCAUCAUGAUCAUGAUCGCUCUCAACACUGUGGUACUCAUGAUGAAGUUCUACGGAGCUCCAGAGUUCUAUGAAGCGAUGCUGAAGAACCUCAACAUAGUGUUUACCACUCUCUUCUCUCUGGAGUGUAUUCUCAAGAUCAUUGCUUUUGGGCCACUAAGCUACCUAAAGGACGCCUGGAACGUUUUUGACUUUGUGACAGUAUUGGGCAGCAUUACUGACAUCCUGGUGACUGAAAUCAAUACUACGGACAGGCUGCUGAACCUAAGCUUCCUGAGGCUCUUUAGAGCUGCUCGACUUAUCAAGCUGCUAAGGCAGGGCUAUACCAUCCGCAUUCUGCUAUGGACCUUCGUUCAGUCCUUUAAGGCCCUGCCUUAUGUUUGUCUGCUGAUCGCCAUGCUGUUCUUUAUCUACGCUAUCAUUGGAAUGCAGGUGUUUGGCAACAUUAAGCUGAAUGAUGAUACGGCUAUCAAUCGCCACAACAACUUCCGCACGUUCCUUCAGGCUCUAAUGCUGCUGUUCAGGAGUGCAACUGGGGAGGCCUGGCAUGAAAUCAUGUUAUCGUGUUUGAGUCAUCGAACAUGUGACGACGAAUCAAGGAUCCACGAGAAAGAGUGUGGCAGUGAUUUUGCCUACUUCUACUUUGUCUCCUUCAUCUUCCUUUGCUCUUUCCUGAUGCUGAACCUAUUUGUAGCUGUCAUAAUGGAUAACUUUGAGUAUCUGACCAGAGACUCAUCCAUCCUGGGGCCUCAUCACCUUGAUGAGUUUAUCCGGGUUUGGGCCGAGUAUGACCCUGCUGCUUGCGGACGGAUUUCCUAUAAGGAUAUGUACAAUUUGUUACGUGUUAUCUCACCCCCCCUUGGCUUAGGGAAGAACUGCCCUAAUAGGGUAGCAUACAAGCGCCUUGUCAAAAUGAACAUGCCCAUCGCUGAUGACAACACAGUUCACUUUACCUCCACCCUGAUGGCCCUGAUUCGCACUGCACUGGAGAUCAAGCUGGCCUCAGGAAUGGUAGCCCAGCGAUUAUGUGAUGCUGAGUUAAAAAAGGAAUUGUCUACAGUGUGGCCCAGCCUUUCUCAAAAGACCGUGGACCUUUUGGUGACACCACAUAAACCCAACGAGCUGACAGUAGGGAAGGUUUAUGCGGCCCUGAUGAUCUUUGACUACUAUAAGCAGAAUCGAGCAAGGAGGCUGCAGCUGCAGCUGCAGCAGAGUGCUUCAGGCUCCCAGUGCAAGGUCGGGGCUCUGUUUAAGCCAUUGCUGCCUCUGACUCACAUGCAGGAGAAAGACCUGCCUAAGAUGUUAAACAGUGUGGAGCCUCCCAGCAUGCUUCAGCCUCAGCCCAAAUCUCAUACGAAGUCCCAGCCACAGACCAGACCUAGCACCAACUCCCUCAACAAUGGAGGCACGCUGCCAGGUCAGGAUCACAGCAUCAAGCCGUCAUCUUCCUGGGUGAUUGAUAAACCUAAGGAAGCACCAAGGGCUAAGACUAAGAGAACCAUGUCCAGAGGCCCAUCGGAAGACACUCCAGACACUGCUGUCAUUCAGGAGUUGGUAGAGAUGAAAAAGAUGGAGACGAGCAUCAGCAGUACAAUUCCAGUUGCUGGCUCAGGUCUGGAAAACCAGGGCCGAGCUGCUUCAAUGCCUAGACUCAACGCUGAGCUGCAGUGGAGCCAUUCAUGCCACUCUCCAGGGAUUCAUCUAGCUUCUGUUCCUGAUGCCAGCCCUAUGAAGCGCUCAGCCUCAACUGUGACCCCACAGCGGCCCCAAGAGGUCAAACUAAGGGACUACACCCUUGAAAAACCCAGUCAGGAGCGACCUCACCACCACCACCACCACCACCACCGCUGCCACCACCGCAGGGACCGAGACAGAUAUCGAGACAGGGAGAAGAGGCAAAGGUCUUUGGAUAUGCCUCUGGCAGGUGAACCCCCCAGUACUGCUGGUAAAUCAGGUGAGCCAGAAUCUGAAACAGCUGCCUCCAGAGAGCAAGCCCAAGAACGAGGACGUUCCCAUGAAAAGAAACACCAUCACUCCUCUGCAGAAAAGCAGCGGUACUACUCCUGUGACCGCUACUGCAGCCGGGGACACUGCCACACCAAAUGUGCCACCGCCAGCUGUGCUGCCUCUCCGAGUGAAGGGCUGGAAACCAGCAACAAACAGGGCAGUGGUUGGGUUAAAGGCAGUCCAGUGGCGCUGAGCUCCAGUUCUAGCACGCCAAGCCGUGGACGUCGGCAGCUCCCCCAGAUCCCACACACCCCACGGCCCGGGGUGGCUUAUAAGACUGCCAAUUCCUCCCCUGUGCAUUUUGUGUCCAGCCAGGCCUCCCCGAGUCCCAGUCUGCUAAGCCGUGGUCACUCAGAGCACAAUGCCCUCCAUCACAGCGGCUCUCACCACUUCCCCUGCCCUGUCACUCGUAUUAGCUCUGAGCCUUUCCUGGGCCAGGGCAAUGGCGAGCCUCUAGGCAGUCCCUAUGGUAGCCUCCGGGACCAGCUGGACGUCUUCCAGGGUGUGGCAUCACUGUGUCCCAGCCCCUGUACUGGACGCUCAUCUUGGACUGCACUGCCUAACGUGAUGGGAGCCUUGUCUCCUGCUCCACAGCAGAAUCUUGGUGUGCCCAAUGGGUACAACUUCACCUUUGGGGGCAGCAACAGCCCAGGCUCUGGUAACAGGGCACCCAGGUGUUACCAGGGGGCAGAGAAGGACAAAUGGUGCUAG